AUGAAAUUUCAAUUCCUUAUACCAUUAAUAUCUAUAACAUCAUCCAUAAUAGCUGAUUCAUCUUGUAAUCCCUUAACACAAUCAAAUUGUCCUUCAGAUCCAGCAUUAUCUUCAUCUUUUAAAGAAACUUUUACAUCAGAUUUAGGUCAAUAUUUUACAAAAUAUAGAGAUCAUGGAGAUUUCACAUUUAGUUCAGAUGAUGGUUUAUCAUUAACUAUAAAUGAAAGAUUUGAUAAUCCUUCAAUUAAAUCUAAUUUUUAUAUUAUGUUUGGUCAUGUUGAAGUUGUAUUAAAAGCUGCUUCUGGUCAAGGUAUAGUUUCAAGUUUUUAUUUACAAAGUGAUGAUUUAGAUGAGAUUGAUAUUGAAUUAUUCGGGGGAGACCCAUACCAGUGGCAAUCCAAUUAUUUUUAUAAAGGUCAAACUGGUUCUUAUGAUAGAGGUGGUUACCAUGAUAUUGAAAAUCCAUUGGAAAAUUAUCAUACGUAUACUAUUGAAUGGACUAAAGAUUCAGUUGUUUGGUCAGUUGAUGGUCAAAAAAUUAGAGAAUUAACAGAAUCAAAUUCACAAGGUUUACCUCAAUCUCCAAUGCAAAUUUAUGCUGGUAUAUGGGCAGGAGGUGAUCCUUCAAACGAACCAGGUACAAUUUCAUGGGCAGGAGGUAAUACAGAUUAUUCAAAAGCUCCAUUUACUAUGCAUAUUAAAUCAAUUUUGGUUGCCGAUUAUUCAAGUGGAAAAUCAUACAGCUAUGGAAAUCAGUCAGGUAGUUGGGAAUCAAUUGAAGCUGAUGGUGGUUCAAUCAAUGGAAGAUAUCAACAAGCACAACAAGAUAUUGAAGAUUUAAACAAUGGCCAAUCAGUUGAUUCAAAUUUUCAACCAUCAAGCUCAGAUUCAGAAUCAAGUUCAUCUAGUGCAUCUUCAUCUACUUCCUCAAGCUCAACCUCAUCAAGUUUUUCAACAUCAACCCCAUCAAGUAUUUCUACAACAUCGUCAUCAAGCUCAUCAUCUACAACAAGCUCAUCAUCUUCAUCAAAUUCAUCAAAUUCAGUUGCUUCUACAACAUCUUCGUCUAGCUCAUCAUCUACAACAAGCUCAUCAUCUUCAUCAAAUUCAUCAAACUCUGUUGCGUCUACAACAUCUUCAACAAAUGCAGCAAAUUCAUCAAAUCAAAAUUUAGUAUAUAUCAACUCUAAUGAUCAAAGUUCAAGUUCCGCAAACCAAUCAACAACAUUAACUACUUCAUCAUCAUCACAACAAGAACAAACUACAUCAUCAACAAUUGAAAAUUCAAGCGUAUUUAUUUCAACUGAAGGUUCAUCCUCUACUACACUAGAAGUUAACUCAAAUAAUGGAGGUUCUUCAAUUAAAGUUGGUUCAUUUUUAGGGUUUCUUGGUUUCGUUUUAUACUUGAUUUAA